GUGUAAACUCGUAGAAAUAUCCAUUGGGGUUCAACCGUGGCUCUUGUUUUAUUUGCUUCCAAGAUUAAAAAUUUAUUUUGACCUUCACAGAUUUUUUAAUGCCUUGACCCUAGUUACCAUGGCAGGACCGUUAGAUAAGCAAGGCAUCGUUGUGUUAGACCAAGUUUGGACUAUGGAAGACUGGGAUAAAUUUUGGAAUUCUGCAGCGAAUAUUCCGUUUCAGAUCAAUGAUUUUAAUCCAGAAUUGUUAAAGCUCGAAAAAAUGCUUUUUCCCAUACCAAAUAAGAAAUACCGUGUGCUUUUUCCACUAUGUGGGAAGUCGUAUGAUAUGAAAUGGGUAGCUGACAAAGGGCAUGCCGUCAUUGGCGUGGAUUGCUCCGCGAAACCGUUGGAAGAUUUCUUCAAUGAACAUGGCAUAACAUAUGUCGAGAGGCAAGAAAGUAGUUGCCAGGUGCUGCAGUCGACAACUGAGGGCUGUAAUAUCACAUUGUACGCUGGGGACAUUUUCAAUCUACCAGAUUCAGCAUUCGAGAAAUGCGACGCAGUUUUUGACUACGGGAGCGUAAUCGCAAUAAAACCAGAGGAGAGAAAAAAGUAUGCUGAUGUCAUGAACAAAACGACGACAAGUGACGUCAGAUAUCUGUUAUGCGCGUUUGAUUUCAAUGGAUAUAUGGAUCCGAAACCGCCAACGUAUCCAAAUUCACCUGAAAUGGUCACUGAUGCAUUUGGGGAUAUAUUCAAUAUAAAACCUCUACUUGACGUAGACAGAGAGAGAUACCUCCGUGGCGUACCUACACCCAUAGCGAAAGAACUAUAUUACUAUCUUACGAAGAAGUGAAUGUAUAUCCGUCUUGGUUGCUUCAUCUGGCCAAUUGCAACUUUUCCUCUUUCGGUACAUUCACUUCCAGUUUAGAGUUGGAUACAUUUUGAGGGUCAUCUGUAUAAAAUCAUCACCUAGAAUAAGGAUGGGCUAAUUAUGGCAUGAAGCACCAAAGCACUUUGUGCGCCUCCUGCUCUCGGAAAAAAUCCCUUGCAACUAGACGUACAUACCAAUUUAUAUUACUACUAAAAUAACUAAACAUUGAAUUAUCAAAAUGAUAUUAUUUUUUUAAUCUUCGCUCCAACAAUUUCAGUCACCAUUAAAUCAAUUUGCAACCAAAACACACCCAACAAUUUCAGUCACCA